AUGUCAGAGCAGCAACUCUUUAUAUCAGCAGUUUACAAAGGAGAUGUUUCUGAUGUCUACAGGAUUCUUCGUCGCACAUCGAUUGAACCCUUCAGCUGUAAAGACGUUAAAGGCUAUACUGCACUUCACAUUGGCAGCUUAAAUGGAAAUUUAGGACUUGUCGAGUUUUUGAUUGACUAUGUAAUUUUUAUUAAGAUACGACAAACAUAUAGAGAAAAUCAACUAAAAAUUCUGACUCAAUGAUCAAACAUCCCUACAGAAGAAGGGUUUAUUGCCUUGCACUUAGCGAGCUUCAAAGGUCACCAUGUAAAUCCUACUUACCCCCCUCCGUGAACUAAUAAAAUUAUUUAUUGCUCAUCUAAGGAUUAAAUUUUGUUUUAAAAAAUUUACAUAUAAAUUUUAUAGUAAUUUUUUUUUUUCAAAAAAUCCCACUUCGUAAAAAUUGAAAGCAAAUAUUUAUUUAAUUUUUAAAAUUAUUGCCUUAAAAUGCAAGCUGUUUUAAAUUAAACAGAAUUAGCUACAAAUUUCAUUAUAAUAAUUAUCACUUAUAUAUCCAAUUUUUUCAUAUAAACCUUUUAAAAAAAAAUUUUUUUGUUCACUAACGGAGGGUGGGGUUUUUGGGUAAAAAAGAGAGAUUUUUCCAAUGUUUUAGUGCUCAUGGAGGGGGGAGUUAGAAAAUAUGUGAAAAAUUAGUUGAAAUUGGCUCGGAUAUACACAAAGUAAAUAACCAAGGACUUGGGAUGAUUCAUGUUGCUGCCCAAGGAGACCAACCCUUAAUUUUGGCUUAUUUUAAAGAACGAGGACUAGAUAUUGAAAAAAGGGACGAAAAAGGAGGAACUGCCCUUCAUUGGUCUUCAUAUAUGGGCUGCGAAAUGGCUUCAGGUGUUCUCUUAGCUUGGAACGCUAAAAAUAACAUCCAAGACGAAGAUGGAAACACCCCUUUGCACCUUGCAACAAUCGCAGGAAAUUCCAGAAUUGUCAGAAAUCUCCUUUUAAAAGGGGCAAAAAGGAACAUAAAAGACGGAAAAGGAAGGCUUGCAAUUGAUGUUGCCAUAGAAAAUCAUCAUGAAUCUCUGAUGGCCAUGCUUAAAGAGCCUAAUUGACUAUCAGAAUGCGGAAUGAAGCCUCCAUUGCGUCCUCCACAAACGUCUUAUGUCUCUUUGAUAUCGUUUAUAUUAUUUUUUGGAGGAGGGACUUAUACUACAAUUCUUUUUACUUCUCAAUAUAUCAGGUAAAAAUAAAUUUGUCCUAUAAUGCAAAUUAAAAUAAUUUUUUUAUAUAUAAAAAUACUGUAAUUUGCAUAGCAGGGAUAAAUUCAUAUCUACCCCAAUAUAUCCCGGAUAUCCCACGAAUUAUAUAUGCAACUCUUGUUAUCAUAACUUUUGCAGUUUUUGUUAUCGUAUGCUCCAGAGACCCAGGAUAUUUAAAACCAGAGCCUGGAAUGACUAUGCUUAAAUUAUAUGAAACAUAUGAGCCUCAUUUAGUAUGCUCUGAUUGCAUGAUAUACAGACCUGCAAGAUCAAGACAUUGCCAAGUUUGCUAUAAAUGUGUAUCAAAAUUCGAUCAUCAUUGCCCUUGGAUUAAUAACUGUGUAGGAGCUCGUAAUAAUUAAAUCUGAUGUCUCGGCCCGGACUUCUGGCCAUGAAGCCUAGAGCACAUAUUUUAAUUAUAUCCGACAAGGUUUUGCCAACCCAGAAAUGGACAGCAAUAUUAGAUACGCAACACCAGCAGCAUGCGGAGCCUGAUUCAAGUCACUUUUCAGGAUUGUAUUUUACCUCAUUUAGAAGAAAAGGCUUAGAGUUGAAAAGGGGAAGCUUAGCAGCGUCUUUUGACUAUUUGGAUACCCCCUAGCAUAAUACCAAGAAUUAAACCUUGAGCUCUGAGCUGGGAUCUUUUGCCGACAGUAGGCCAGAAAUUCCAAUAUUUUUGAUUUUUUUGUGCAGACAGCCUACAUCGAAGCCUGAGAGCUGAAAAGACAGUCGUCGAAAUCCAGACUCCCGAAGCCUAGGGGCCAUGCAAUCUUGAUACUGAUGUGGUGCAUGACACACUCGGAGGAGCGGGAUCCCCGAAACAGGGAUGGAAGACCGUGUAGGUAAUGCGAUAGUGAACUCUAAAUGGAUGCUUAAUACCCUUAAGUUUAAGUUUAAGAUAACUCUUCAAGUCCCGCACUUCUUGACUACAUCUUGGACCAUAACUCUGAAUAAACUGUAGGUAGGUCGGCAUUGCCUUCGACCUGUUCUGUCCCCACGCCCCUUAGGACAUCUCUGAUCUACACCAGACUCAGUGUAGAUCCAUUCUCUUGAGCCAAGACUCUCACGAAAUUGUGGACUUACCAAACUGAGCUCGGAUGUAGGGCCUGAGUCCUACCCUCAACUUACAUUUUUAAUUAUGUAAUAUCUUUAAAUUAAUAAUGUGUGGGAGCUCGCAAUUUAGGAUGGUUUUUUGUUUUUAUUAAUCUGAUUUGGCUUACCUUGGCCUCAACUGUAGUUAUUAAUAUAGUAGCUUUAGCAAGUCAAGAAAUUGACUUAGAGCUCGUAGACAUCCCUUAUUUAUUUUUCAAAAUACUGGCUGGGCUCUUAUGUGUAUUUGGAUUUGUGUGUAUUCUCCCUGUUAGUUUCUUAGUAACAGUUCACUAUCAGAACUUCUGUAAAAACAUGACCACAAAUGAGAGGUUUUCCAAGUCAAAAGUCUCUGAAGACGACGAUAUUAAACAAUUAGCUGCUUCUUUUGUGAACCCUAAUCAGUCCAAGCUAAAAAAUUUUGCUGAUAUGUGCUGCAAUAGUUCCCUACCUAGAAGAACUUCAGGUGAGCGCCGCAAAAAAGAAAUCAGUGAAGUCAGCUUUGUUGAAAUCGUGAAAGGCUACAACGACCAAUAUGGCGAUUCCUCAAAAGUUCCACUAAUUGAAUAA